AUGAAGAUUGAAAAGCAGAGGGUCAGAAAAACUCACAAGAAGAAAGGAGAAAAGGCCAUCCUUGAAGUAAAGGGUCAAGAACUGGUUUAUCCUAAAAAACUUCCGUUGAUGCAGAAGCGUGACGUUGGGCACAGCCAUGACCAUGAGAUAGAGGAAACUUAUGAAGAAGAAUUGUUGUAUGAAUUAAAACUAAGAAGAAAGAUCUUAAUACUUCACCUUUUAAGAUCAAGGGAAUUCCUUGCAUCAAAUUACAGUGAAACAUACUACUCGAUAAAAGGAGAGAUCACCAAGCAUCCUCAAACCAUGGAGCACUGCUUUUACCAAGGAUCCUUCAUCCACGAACUUGAUUCUGCUGCCAGUAUUAGCACGUGUAAUGGUCUAAGGGGAUUCUUCAGGAUCUAUGACCAAAGGUAUCUCAUUGAACCAGUAAAAUACACAGAUGAUGGAGAACAUUUGGUUUUCAAAUAUAACCCAAAGACACAGUAUGCUGCCAAUUUUUCUUGUACAGAGUUCUAUAUUACUGGGACAAAAGUUCCAAAGGAUAAUACUAAAUCCAUGGAUGACUCAAAAAUGGAAAACAUUCAUAAAGAAAAUUACAUUGAACUGUUCAUUGUUGCUGAUAAUAGUGUGUAUCGCAGGAAUAAUCAUCACAGUAACCUCAGGAAUCGAGUUUGGGGAAUGGUCAAUUAUAUCAACAUGAUUUAUAAAACUUUGGAUAUUCAUGUGACACUAGUUGGCAUUGAAAUGUGGACAAAUGGAGAUAAGAUAGAAAUAGAUGCAAAUUUAGAAACGACCUUAAAGCGUUUUUCUGCUUGGCAAGAAGUAAUCCUUAAAAAAAGGAAGAAUUUUGAUCAUGUUCUGUUACUCAGUGGGAAGUGGCUCUACAAACAUGCACAAGGAACUUCUUACUCAGGUGGUAUGUGCCUGCCCUACUCCUCCUCUAGUGUUGUUAAGGAUCUUAUACCUGACCUGAAUAUAGUUGCAAGCAGAAUAGCCCAUCAGCUGGGGCACAACCUGGGGAUGCAACAUGAUAAUUACCCCUGUACCUGCACUUUGGGAAAAUGUGUGAUGGAUACCAGUGGAACCAUUCCUGCACUAAAAUUCAGUAAAUGCAGCAGAAACCAGUUUCUGCAGUUCCUGAAAGAUUAUAAUCCAACAUGCAUGAUCAAUAUACCAUUUUCUGAUAAGUUCCAUGAUUUCUCAUAUUGUGGAAACAAGAAGUUGGAUGAGGGCGAAGAAUGUGAUUGUGGCUCUAUUCAGGAGUGCACUAAUCCUUGCUGUGAUGCACAAAAAUGUAUGCUGAAGCCAGGAUUUACUUGUGCAGAAGGAGAAUGCUGUGCAUCUUGUCAGCUCAAAGAAAAAGGGUCCGUUUGCAGACCCGCAAAAGAUGAAUGUGAUUUUCCUGAAGUGUGCACUGGCUCCUCCUCUGGAUGCCCUCAGGAUCAAUUCCAAGUGAAUGGAUUUCCUUGCAAGGAUGCAAAGGGCUACUGCUUCAUGGGGAAAUGUCCCACCCGGGAUGAUCAGUGCUCUGAAUUGUUUAAUGACGAGGCAAAAGACAGUCUUGAUAACUGUUACAAGAUGAAUAAAAAAGGAAAUAAAUUUGGAUACUGCAAAAACAAGAAAAAUGGAUUAAUUCCCUGUGAGGAAAAAGAUGUCAAAUGUGGAAAACUACACUGCACCAGAAAGCAGCUCCCAUCUCUUCUUGAGGAAGAAGAAAUUGAUCACCUCAAGACAGUUAAAAAGCAGAAUAGCACCGCUGAAUGCAAAGCCCUUUCAGAGCACAAUUAUGGAGAUGUUGGCCUGGUUGCUCCUGGAACUAAAUGUGGAGAUGGAAAGGUGUGCAUCGAUAGUGAAUGUGUGCAUAUUGAAAACGCCUACAGUUCAACCAGUUGCUCCUCUCAGUGCGAUGAUUAUGCUGUGGGUGACCAUAAAUUCAAGUGUCAGUGUGAGGAAGAACAAGCACCUGCCUACUGGGAAGAAAGUUUAAGUAUUACCAAUAUCUCCAUCCUGGUGGUUGUGCUCGUCCUGGUUAUUAUUGGUGUUGGGAGUGUUGCAUUAUUAAUUCGUCACCAAAAGUGCAUUAAGUUGAAGCAAAUUCAGAGCCCACCUGGAGACACGCUGGGCGUGGAGAAUAAGGGAUACUUUGGUGAUGAGCUGCAGAUAAGGUCUGAGCCGAUCUUACAAGGUGUCCGUCCCUUCCAGCGAAGAACUGAGUCUUUAGAGAGACUUCCAACCAGCUUUUCAAGUCCUCACUACAUCACACUGAGUCCCGCAAGUAAUGACAUGAGAGGAACAGCAGAACCUAACUCAAAUGCCAAAUUGAAUCUGCAGGCACAUGAGGAUGGGUGCAUUAAAGACAAAGGAAUCUCAGGGAAAGACACAUGGAGUAGAACCUUUGUACAUUAUAGCCGGAAGAGAGAAUCCUUCAAGUCAAAAGCAAAGGAGUUAUCCAGAGAACCCUCAGUCCUGACUUGCCUGUUGGAGAUGAAUGAGUCAGAGGCUCCGGCAUCUGCAGUUCCCGUUGUCCUGCAGAGAAUGGGUCUGGAGGCAGCCUCUGCUCUGUGUUCCCUUUCUGACUUCAGCCCCAGAGAACUAGUGAGUCGUCUUCCCCUUUCAACAGCCCUGGAGUCAGCAUGCUGUUCUUCCUGGCCCAACCACACUUGCUUCCUGCUGGGUUUAUUCCAUUCACAGGCUGUGCUGAGGCAGCUCUCACCUGAGCCCAACAUGAUGUGUAAUCCUAUCCGAUUACCACCUGCAGGUCAUUCAGAGGCUACACAAAGGCAGGAGAGGGAGGCAAGAAGAGGAGUCUUUAUUUUCUGUGCCCUGUAG